AGGUUGCAAAGGAGUUUGGCUUCCAAAAUAAUGGCUUCUCAGUUUACAUCAAUAGAAACAAGACCGGAGAGAUAACAGCCUCCUCCAACAAAUCCCUCAACUUGCUAAAAAUCAAGCAUGGCGAUUUGUUGUUCCUGUUUCCCUCGAGCCUUGCUGGGCCCUCAUCUGAAAUGGAGACGUCAGCUCCACCGGGCUUCAAGGUCUUUGGCGCUCCCAACGUGGUGGAGGACGAGAUUGACCAGUACCUCAGCAAACAGGAUGGGAAGAUUUACCGAAGCCGAGAUCCACAGCUAUGCCGCCACGGCCCUUUGGGGAAAUGCGUGCACUGCGUCCCUCUAGAGCCAUUCGAUGAGGACUAUCUAAACCAUCUCGAGCCUCCUGUGAAGCACAUGUCCUUCCAUGCCUACAUCCGGAAGCUGACUGGAGGGGCUGACAAGGGGAAAUUUGUUGCCCUGGAGAACAUCAGCUGCAAGAUUAAGUCAGGGUGCGAGGGGCACCUCCCGUGGCCGAACGGCAUCUGUACUAAGUGCCAGCCGAGUGCCAUCACGCUGAACAGACAGAAGUACAGGCAUGUGGACAAUAUCAUGUUUGAGAAUCACACCGUCGCUGACCGCUUUCUUGACUUCUGGAGAAAGACAGGGAACCAGCAUUUCGGGUACUUAUAUGGACGGUACACGGAGCACAAAGACAUUCCUCUUGGCAUCAGGGCUGAAGUGGCUGCGAUUUAUGAGCCACCUCAGAUUGGUACACAGAACAGCUUGGAGCUUCUUGAGGAUCCAAAAGCUGAAGUGGUCGAUGAAAUUGCUGCCAAACUUGGCCUGCGGAAGGUUGGCUGGAUAUUUACAGACCUCGUCUCAGAGAUACCCAAAGGGUCAGUCGCUACGUCGAAAAUAAGUUCAGAAGAGGUGAAUACCCCUGCAGGAGACUUCCAGACAAGCAUCCACAUGUGCCGGCUGCUUCUCCCGAUGGAGCAUUUUGGAUCCAGUUGUUACUGGCAGUGGCUACAGGUUAUAACAGGGACAGUUGACACCUAUUUCCUAAGUUCAGAAGAGUGCAUCACUGCAGGAGACUUCCAGAACAAGCAUCCCAACAUGUGCCGGCUCUCUCCCGAUGGACAUUUUGGAUCCAAGUUUGUUACUGCAGUGGCUACAGGUGGUCCUGACAAUCAAGUCCACUUUGAAGGGUACCAGGUGUCCAAUCAGUGUAUGGCGCUCGUCCGUGAUGAGUGUUUGCUGCCGUGCAAGGAUGCUCCGGAGCUUGGCUACGCCAAGGAGUCUAGCAGUGAGCAGUACGUGCCUGAUGUGUUUUAUAAGGACGUAGACAAGUUUGGCAACGAGAUCACCCAGCUGGCCCGACCCUUGCCUGUGGAGUAUCUCAUCAUAGAUAUCACAACAACUUUCCCCAAGGAUCCAGUUUACACUUUUUCUAUUUCGCAAAAUCCAUUUCCUAUUGAAAACCGGGAUGUAUUGGGUGAGACACAGGACUUCCAUAGCUUGGCCACCUAUUUGUCCCAGAAUACCUCAUCCGUGUUCUUGGAUACCAUCUCAGAUUUCCACCUCCUGCUGUUCCUGGUCACCAAUGAAGUUAUGCCUCUGCAGGACAGCAUCAGCUUGCUGCUGGAGGCUGUGCGGACCAGAAAUGAGGAGCUCGCCCAGACGUGGAAGAGGUCUGAGCAGUGGGCCACCAUCGAGCAGCUGUGCAGCACAGUUGGCGUGCAGCUCCCAGGUCUCCACGAGUACGGCGCCGUCGGGGGCUCCACACACACGGCCACUGCGGCCAUGUGGGCCUGUCAGCACUGCACGUUCAUGAACCAGCCAGGCACGGGCCACUGCGAGAUGUGCAGCCUCCCCAGGACCUAGGGUGCCUGCCCUCUGCUGGCUAGGACCAGGCCCAGCCCAGCCCUUCCUGAAGCCAGAAGCGUUGCUCAGUGUGUUCCCUAUAACUGCCCCACAGUGGGCAGCCCUGGAGGGACAAGGGGCUGGCUGUCCUGGGCUCCCUGACCCACUGAAGCUUCUCAGCACGUUCCUCCUUGGAGAGCGGGUGCCACGGCUGGUAUUCUGCACACUGAGUGCAGUCCCAGACUGGAAACGCAGAGCGGCCCCUCAUGCCUAAUCCUGUUGACAAGCCCCCCACUGUGUUGGAAGGACCUCUCACCUCUAUACGGCACCUGCAAUUGGGGAGCAUAGGGAGGGGCUGAUGCUGCCACCACCCAGCCUUUUCCUUCCUUUCAAUGCUUUUUGUUUGGCCUCCCCGCCCCCCGCGUUUUUCUGGCUGGGAGCUCUUGGUUGCCCCUGGUCUGACUGCUUGGUGGCAGACACCCUGCCUGUGAGGGCCACUUUCCUCUGCCGGGAGCUGUUUGGGGGGGAUGCUGUGGCCCUGGACACAGCUCCCCUCUGCAGGUCUGCAGGUCGGUUUGCUGCCUGCCCUCCUCCUCUCACCCGACGUCCAGGUGGGAUUUUAAAGUCUGCAUUGGUUAUAAUAACAGUUACCAGUAAUUCCUGCCCAGAAGACUUUUAUUUAUUUUUUUUUUAAGAUAAAAACUGCACAAAAGGGGAGUGAGAGAGACUAGUUUCCACAUCCUUCCCUCCUUUAGUGAAGCCCCCGAGGUUGUGUCCAGGGUGAUGAGUGUGGACGGGGGUACCAGUCAGUUCUCCCUUGAAGUAAACCUCAGUGCCUGAGACUUUUCUACCAAGCCACACAGCUGCAGCAGCUGCAGAUACUGCGGGCUGAGCAGGAGCAGUGGUGGCGCCUGCCCUGAGGCUGCCCUGCGAUGGCCUGGGUGGGAGAGCUGGGUCGCCGGUGUUGAUGCUCUGGCCCUCCCCAAUACGCUGCUUCAUCCCACUGCACUGCCUGGCUGAGGGUGUUAGGGGCUGUGCCUCUUGUGAGGGCCAUCUGGGACCUCUCUGGGGCAUUGCACAAUUGAUAGUGUACCAAUGGAGGGAGCCUGGGCGAUCUGGAACAGCACCUGGUGGGGUCCUGUGUGUGUGCGCUCUGUGGGCUCUGCGUUCAUCUGUGGCCAGGCCGGGGCAUGGCUCUUACCUGGGGAGUGGUGGGCAUCUCGAUGCUUCUUUGCCUUAAUGAUGGCCACAUUUGGGUUGCUCUGCACCCACGGGAGAGGCUGGCCCAGCUACAGACUGCUUAGGGACUUCUGUGUCCAUCUUGGGGGGUAAGCCCAUGUGACCCUCCCACAUUCUUGGCACUAUGAACAGAGAACACUUGCCUGUUGGCUUCUGAAGUGGUCGGGACUGUGGCUGGCACCUCCAGGUCUGCCUGGCAUGGGACACCAAGUGGAAAGCCCAAGCAGCUCAUCUGCUCUUGGGACCAGGGGCCAGUUGGGUUGGGUCUGGUUAUGGCAGAGCUGUCGUGGAGGGUCUGGAGGGGUGGAGAGGAGCCUGGUUGAAGCGGACUGCUGCGGGUGCAACUCCCAGCUUGGCCACUGUGGGCUGUCUGCUCUCCCUCCUAGCAGCUGUCACGCUGAAGUUUUGUCCUCUGCUGUCUCUGGUCCUGAGAUCAGCUGUGAGCCUAGGUGGCCAAGGCUUCCUGCAUUGCUUCCCUGUGAGUCCAAGGCCUUCCCCACCACUGGGCAGGGGCUGGACAACACGGACUUCUAGAGACAGCCGCGUUGCCAGUUCCUCCUCUCCCACUUGCUCAUCCUUAUCUGCCAUGCUAUUCUAGUUUCCAUUGUCCUCCACCAGCAUUUCCCUCACUCUGAAAUUCCGGCAUUCACAUCAUUCAUGUUUUCUUUUGUCUUUCAGCUAAAGAAAAAACAUUGGCGAUUUGUCUGCUUCUGGUUUUGAGUUACUCUUUGUUCAGUAAUGCACUUUAUUUUAUUGUCCAAAGAGAGUCAGAGCUAAGCAUACAGGCUUGGGGGUGAGCCCUGCUAUAAGAGUUCAGGCCCUGGGAGGCUCAGCCACCUCCCGUUGUGGGAGGGAGGUCUCAGCCCCACCUCGCAUCUUCACCUGCCCUUGGUGUGGACACACCCUCUCAUGCUACCAGCACCAUAACCCAGUGGGGGUGACUGGGUGCACACCUGCCCAGGUGAACACAGCGGCUGCCAGUCUCCUGGCCCAGAGAGGAGGUGGGGCCUGGACCUGGUCUCUUCCAACCAGGCUGCUCGUGGGGCACAGGUGCUCCUGCUUCGGCUCUGUUUCGGCUCACAGGUGUGCAUCACUGGGCUUGGAUUUGCAUUACAUUGACCCCAGCCCUGCAGUGGAACCUAAUAAAAGCGCCUGAAGCAACA